UGUUUUUGUUUAGCCGCAUUUCAAUGAUACUAAGUAGCUAACGAGCUUACAGAAGAGAGCGUUCGUUUUAAAUCUUAAAUAGUUCCGAAUAUUGAUAUUUUUCUACAUUUUGACCAAGCAUAACAAUCCUACCAGCCGGGUUUCCUGGUGCGUAGCUAUUUGAACAACGGACUUGAUUCAUGGGAAGUGAGGAUAAGCAAUUACAGUUUUGACGUGGUGCCACCCACUAAUGUCUGAAUUUAAGGAUCCGCCACAGAGGCAGCAGCCCACAGGACUCCAGAGAGGAUUAACAGACCAAAACAGAAGCGGAUCAGACAAGAUGGGAGGAACGAUGGGACCAUUUCUUCACUGGCUGCAGGACGUGGCAGCUGUGACUCUCCUCAAAGCCCAACGGACAUUAUUUCAGGCAGCCAUCCUCUGUUGUACCCUGGUCCUUCUGCUCUGGGUGUCCAUAUUUCUCUAUGGCAGCUUCUAUUACUCUUACAUGCCCACUGUGAGCUUCGCCACUCCUGUGCACUUUUACUACACAUCUGAUUGUGAUGCUGGAGAAUCAGGUCUCUGCUCCUUCCCUAGAGCCAACAUCUCCUUCAUGAGGAAUAACAGAGACCAGGUGAUGGCUAAUGGUCAGCCUUACAGAGUCUCUUUGGAGUUGGAGAUGCCCGAGUCUCCAGUGAAUGAACAGCUGGGUAUGUUCAUGGUGAGGAUGUCCUGUUACACCAGAGGUGGGAAGGUCGUCUCGUCUGUGGGGCGAUCCACAAUGCUGCAUUAUCGCUCCAGCCUUCUGCAAACCCUGAGCACUUUAUACUUCUUUCCGUUCCUGCUGACUGGGAUGGCUGAGCAGAAGCAGCUGAUAGAAGUGGAGCUCUACUCAGAUUACAAGACAAAUGCUUAUGAACCGACUGUCGGUGCAGUAAUUGAGAUCCAUUCUAAACGGGUCCAGAUCUACUCAUCUCAGCUCCGUAUCCACGCCUACUUCACCGGUAUACGAUAUCUGUUGUACAACUUCCCCCUGACAUCUGCAAUAAUUGGCGUGGCCACCAAUUUUGCUUUCCUCAGUGUCAUUGCACUUUUUGGGUACUUGCAGUUUAUUUGGGGUGGGCUCUGGCCCCCAGAUCAAGUCCGAGUUAGGGUCAUGAUGGGAGACAACACUCGCAUCCAGAAGAGGAGGGAGGAGGCUCGGAAGCGCAUUGAGAGGGAAAAUUCCCUGAAAGAACUCAAUUCUCCAGCAGUGAUCGGGUCUGUGAACGGGAUUCUCAGUCUCCAGGGAAAUGGCACAUUAGGAGACGUCUCAUCAGAGGGCCCGUCUUUAAACCUUGAUUCCUCUGGUACGGAGGUGCCGGAUAACAAGGAAGAGGAGUCUCAUGAUUCUGAGGGGCCCGAGGACAUUGGCAGCUCAAAUGAGUUGAAUGGAAGCUUUUCGUCUCAAUCUGGAGAGACAACUGUUCGCCAGAGACCUGGACCGUGGAUGAGUCUCUGAGCCCUAAAGUCAGCACAAUCAUUAAUCUUAUGAUGGGAACAUUCUCUUAUUGUUGGCACCUUGAAUACAAUUAAUAAAAAGUAGGCUAAAGCAGAUGCACAGUUUGAACAAAUUCACAUGCAUGAGAAAUGUUGCGUUAGCUGUAACCGGUAACCUGUUACUGUCUUUUCUUUUUAUCUUAGGACUGUUACAAGAAUCUAGUUUGUGCCAUUUGAGUUUUGCUGGUUUUGCAUUCUAGUUCUGACAUGUUCUUCAGCAUCAUUAGUCACCAGACACCGCCUUUUAAUCAGCUAAACCUGCUUGUGUGUUUGUGACUGUUUGUCCACAUCAGCACCAGCCUCUGGUAAAUGAGAGGUAAAGUAAUAAACAGUGCUUCUGUUGAUGUUCAGCUCAAACACUGUUACUGUUCUUGGAUGAAGAGAGCAUGUGAUUGAAGCGAAAGUGCAUGUGACUUAUUUUUAUCAAGGCAAUCUGAUCAGGACCUUUAGCUCAAGAAAAAGCAUCUCUUGUCUUUCACAAAGUUCCAGGAAAAAAGAAAAGAGAGAUUUUAGCCCGAGGGAUGCUAACUGUAUAUUUCUGUCCUGUCAUGCAAAUCCGCGUUUUGUCUCGCUGUAAUUGGUGAUUUGAUGCUUGGGUCCUUCUACACAGUCGUUCCAUUGUUGGGUUGCUGCAAUGUUGCUGUGGAACGAAGUCUAACUUUUUGUUUUAUUUAUUUUUCUCUAAUAAUCUAGGAUUUCUAGAUGAGCGACACAAGUCGUGUGUUUAACAUUUACGGUUGCACUGAAUAACAAGAAAAGGUAAAGUUACAGAUCUGGAGUUGAUGUUAAAAACACAGCUGGAUUAAGGUUGAUGCAGAUGUUGCUGGAGGACAGCUUAACCUCUGACGUUACUCUCUGAGAGCCUUAAGUGUUAGUAACAUGUAAGUUUUGUUUACCUGAUUCAGGAUUUUGGACCAAAGAUGGUCUGAGAAGAAGAAAAUGUUAUUUAUACAUUUGAACAUAUUAGUUAAUAUAAGAGUGAAGUGCUUGUUUAUUAAAGCUCAGUCUAACUGAUUAUUAUAGUAGAAUAGGAGGAAACUUUACUUGAGGUUGCUUAGAAAGAGUCUAAUGUGUUUUUGAUUUAUGGGAACCUGCUUCAUCCAAUAAAUACUCCAAAAUCA